CAUGGUGGCCUCCGUUCAGAGUGGCAAUUCUACAUGAAACCGGCUCCUACACCCAUAAAAAGGAGAUGGAAUAAACUGAGAAUGCGGGACAAAGAGAAGUGUCUGAAGCUUGAAGACGAUUCAGAGGAAAGCGAUGCUGAAUUUGAUGAAGGUUUUAAAAUGCCAGGUUUUCUGUUCAAAAAGCUUUUUAAGUACCAGCAGACAGGUGUUAGGUGGCUGUGGGAAUUGCACUGCCAGCAGGCAGGAGGAAUUCUGGGAGACGAAAUGGGAUUGGGCAAGACCAUCCAGAUAAUUGCCUUCUUGGCAGGUCUGAGCUACAGCAAGAUCAGGACUCGUGGUUCAAAUUACAGGUUCGAGGGCUUGGGUCCAACUGUAAUUGUGUGUCCAACGACAGUGAUGCAUCAGUGGGUGAAGGAGUUUCACACAUGGUGGCCUCCGUUCAGAGUGGCAAUUCUACAUGAAACCGGCUCCUACACCCAUAAAAAGGAGAAAUUAAUUCGAGAUAUUGCUCUUUGUCAUGGAAUUUUGAUCACUUCUUACUCCUACAUUCGACUGAUGCAAGAUGACAUGAGCAGGCAUGACUGGCACUAUGUGAUCUUGGAUGAAGGACACAAAAUUAGAAAUCCCAAUGCUGCCAUCACCCUUGCUUGCAAACAGUUCCGCACCCCUCAUCGCAUCAUCUUGUCUGGCUCACCAAUGCAGAAUAACCUCCGUGAGCUGUGGUCGCUCUUCGACUUUAUCUUCCCAGGAAAGUUGGGCACGUUGCCUGUGUUUAUGGAGCAGUUCUCGGUCCCCAUUACUAUGGGGGGAUAUUCAAAUGCUUCUCCAGUACAGGUUAAAACUGCUUAUAAGUGUGCAUGUGUCUUGCGAGAUACCAUAAAUCCAUACCUGCUGCGCAGAAUGAAGUCAGAUGUCAAAAUGAGCCUUUCUUUGCCUGAUAAAAAUGAACAGGUCUUGUUUUGCCGUCUUACAGAUGAGCAACAUGAAGUCUACCAAAAUUUCAUUGAUUCCAAAGAAGUUUAUGGAAUUCUCAAUGGAGACAUUCAGAUUUUCUCUGGACUUGUAGCCCUAAGAAAAAUCUGCAACCAUCCUGACCUCUUUUCUGGAGGCCCCAAGAAUAUCAAAGGUAUUCCAGAGGAUGAAAUAGAGGAAGAUCAGUUCGGAUACUGGAAACGUUCUGGGAAAAUGAUAGUCGUUGAGUCCUUGUUGAAAAUCUGGCACAAGCAAGGUCAACGAGUAUUGCUCUUUUCCCAGUCAAGACAGAUGUUGGACAUACUUGAAGUAUUCCUUAGAGCCCAAAAGUAUUCCUAUCUCAAGAUGGAUGGUACCACUACAAUAGCCUCAAGACAACCACUGAUUACAAGAUAUAAUGAGGACGCGUCCGUAUUUGUGUUUCUUCUCACCACUCGAGUUGGUGGCAUAGGAGUCAACCUGACAGGGGCCAACAGAGUCAUCAUCUACGACCCUGACUGGAAUCCAAGCACAGACACGCAGGCCCGGGAGCGAGCAUGGCGGAUAGGCCAGAAGAAGCAGGUGACGGUGUACAGGCUUCUGACUGCAGGCACCAUUGAGGAGAAGAUUUACCACCGACAAAUCUUCAAACAGUUUUUGACAAACAGAGUGCUAAAAGAUCCAAAGCAGCGGCGAUUUUUCAAGUCCAAUGAUCUUUAUGAACUGUUUACUCUGACUAGUCCUGAUGCAUCCCAGAGCACUGAAACAAGUGCUAUUUUUGCAGGAACUGGCUCAGAUGUUCAGGCACCCAAACGCCAUUUAAAAAGAAAACUUCAAGCAACCUUUGAAGCAGACCAUAACGUCUCAGUAUGCCAAAAGUUUCCUGAUCCUAGUGUACCUGCAAAUGAUGCCACAUCAUCUGAGGAGAAAUCUACAGGUACCAGAGCUGAAACAAAUGCAGUAACUUCUAAUCAGGGUGAUCCUUUGAAAGACACUCCUCAAACAGCUAGCAGUCUAACUAGCAGUGAUGGACUUGAAGAGAAAAAGGCAGUGUUGGGACUGGAGGAGUCAUCAGUGAUUAGUGGAAGUGGGGAAUGUUCAAAUUCCCCAAGCGUCGGCAGGACUGCUGUUGAGAAAAGCAUUGAUGAGAAGCAGGGUCUUUCUGAUAGAGCAGAAAGCUGCAAGAUUCAAACAGAACAUUUUUCGGAGAAGGAACAAAUGGGAAAUAAUUUUUAUAAGCACAAGUCAAAAACAAAACAUAGUAUGGCAGAAGAAGAGACCCUGAAGAAACCUCUGAGGCCAAAGCAAAAGCCGAAGAAGCAUCGCAGAGAUGCCAAGUUUGAAGGGACUCGGAUUCCACACUUAGUGAAGAAAAGGCAAUACCAGAAGCAAGAGCAUGAAAAUGAGAAAGAGACCAAGGAACGCAGCAAUGAUGAUUACGUUUUGGAAAAGCUUUUCAAAAAAUCAGUUGGUGUGCACAGUGUCAUGAAACACGAUGCAAUCAUGGAUGGGGCCAGUCCUGAUUAUGCACUAGUGGAGGCAGAGGCCAACCGAGUAGCCCAGGAUGCGCUGAAAGCACUGAGGCUCUCUCGGCAGCGGUGUCUGGGAGCUGGCUCUGGUGUUCCCACCUGGACUGGCCACAGAGGGAUUUCUGGUGCCCCAGCGGGAAUCAAGAGAAGAUUUGGUCAGAAGAGGAAUUCCAGUUCCAGCUUCUCUGUGCAGCAUCCUUCUUCAGCGUCUCCAAAGGAGAAGUGCCAGGAUGGCGUCAUGAAGAAGAAUGGGAAAGACAAUGUGUUUGAACAUUUUAGUGGAAAGGGGGAGAAUGCAGAGUCGUCAUCUGGAGCCCUCACUUCAUCCUCCCUGUUGGCUAAAAUGAGAGCUAGAAACCAUCUGAUUUUGCCAGAACGGUUGGAAAGUGAAAAUGAGCACCCUCAAGAGGCUUUGGUCCCGCCGCCGUCCAUGGCCACCACAGAACAUGAUGACCUUCUGGUGGAAAUGAGGAACUUCAUUGCUUUUCAGGCUCAGGUUGACGGCCAGGCCAGCACACAGGAGAUUCUGCAGGAGUUCGAAUCUAAGUUAUCGGCAUCACAGUCUUGUGUCUUUCGAGAACUCUUGAGAAAUCUGUGCACUUUUCAUAGAACUUCUAGUGGUGCAGGAAUUUGGAAACUCAAGCCAGAAUACUGCUAAUCAAUGUGAAUUUUAAAUUGACUUUUUCUGGUGGCAAGUUCUGAUUAUUAAUACUGACUAAUGACUAUAUGUUUACCAACAGAAGUUGGCUGCACUAGGUGUUUACUUUGAAUUAUCUACCUCAUCACUAGACCUUUAAAGAAGAAGAAAUUCUUCUCUAAAACUUAAAAUUUUGAAUAAUUCUAAAUAACUCAUGGAGGAAAUACUUGAGUUUGGUUUUUGUUUUGGUACUUUGAAUUAUGUUAUAAAAUCAGGGACCGAACACUUAAUCCUUUACAUUUGUUUCUUUACCCAAAAGAUGCUGUCAGGGAGCGUAUUACCGGUUGUUUAGAAGUUUGUACAACAAAAGUCUCAAGAAUUCUUUUUACUGGUGCUAAAAAUGAUUUUUAUAUGGAACCAGGCCUGUUCAAUAAGUUCCUCAGUAUCUGAUAAUGGCAUUACUCUUGGUGCAUAGCUUUUACGUGUUUAAGUUUAUCAUUUGCACCCCCCCAAGAUCAAAUUUAUUAUCUUUUAAAUCUUAUAAUUGCUUUCAAAUGAUCUUCCUUUAAGGUACUGUUAGGUUGCCAGGUAUUUCUAUUAGUAAAAUAUGAAAUAGCUUGGUAAGAAGUGGUAAGACUAGUAUUUGCAGGAAGCUGUCGUGGACUCAGUUUACACUGGCUUUACAUUAAGCAAAGGGUGUCUUCUCCCCCACCCCCCCUCUCCUUACAGUGACUGUUUGUCUUAGGAAAAUGAAAUGUGUUAUAUUAAAAAAAAUUCAAGCAGAACCCACAUUAAGUACACAUAAAACAACUAGUGCACACACAUGCACACAAACAUAAGUCCGGACCACAACUGCUGUCAUUACCACAGGGUAACCAGGGUAAUCGCCAGGCCAGCUCAGGUUUACAGGCUGGGAAGUACCUUCGAACAGCUUUUGUUUUGUUCAUUGAAUUGUCUCUGCCAGUGAUGCUGAUGACAUUCUAUUGAGCAUCACUAUUCUCUUUAUGUUUCUGUCCUGUUAUUUUAAUCUCUCUUUUUCCUUUGCAUUCGACUCUCCAUUUUCAGAGGUUUGGCUUUCAGCUCCAUCUGUUUCUGGCUGUUGUUUUUGUAGUUCUAGUUCUCUUAUGUUCUGAUCCUCUGUUUUCUUAGCCUUUCUUGUUUCCUUUUUUUGGGUUAUUUUAUGAUCUAGGCACUCAAGCCUUGUUUUUUCAAAUUCAUUGUAUUCCUUUCAUUUCUUCCGUGGCCUUCACAGUACAAUCUGUUUCUUGCACUUGUUUUCUCCGGCUUGCUCUUUUUCUGCUUUCGUUUUUCUGUUUUAUGCUUGCCUCUUCGCAUGCCGUUUCUUUCCAUCGUGCACAUACAGCAAUUGAGCCUCUGUGUCCGGAUCUGUGUGCUCUUCCCUGUAACACAGAGGCAGGCAGGGGAGCCCCUCUGCUGGGCAGCUCACAGCAAUGGUUGGAGGAUUUGGGUUUUGUUCUCUCCAUCCUAAGAUUUUGUCAAAUGGCUUUGACCAAGAAUCUUGGUCCUGAGGUAUAUGUAGCCAUAAUCAUGAUUCCCGCAAUGUUUUUAUGCUUCUUUGUUGCACUCUGGCUUAUUCACUUUUUCUGUUUUUUUUUUUUUUUUUUUUUUUUUUUUAUUUGAAGAGGAAGAUUAUAUUAUUUUUCCUCAAUCUGCCAUCAUUAUCAAGAAAUCAGGAAUUUCUAAACAGGUCAGUAAAUCCUAAACUUGAGUACUUGGCUAAGAAGGGAGUCAAAAUUCAUGACUUGUGUUUCUGAGAAGAUCCUUUUUUUGUAUUUUUGUAAUCAUUAGCUAAUAAGAAAAUUGCCCACCCCUUGUUCUCAGAUUGAAGUGCUUAUGCAGUUCACGAGUGUGAGGUGUUUGGGUGUCGGGUCUGUAUGUUCUGAAAUCUCAGUGAUACUGAGCUAGAGAGGUGGUAGCCUUCUCAUCAAGUAGAAAGUGCUGUUGAAAGUUGUGAUGCAAGUAAAAGCAAAGUGGGCCUCGCCCUGGUUCUUGUCUCAGCUCGCCCUCUGUCACGCUGUGACCUUGGAAUGGGUCGCAGUGUGGACACCUGUAAAUGCUGUCAUUAUGCCUCCCAGGUGGAAAGACUUAGAGGAAAGUACUCUAAGUGUAAUGGUUUUAACAGUGUAGAGUAACUUAUUCAUUUAGAUAAAGUCUAAUUUUUCUUACUUCAAAAGCUUUGUACAAUGUAGGUAUAGAUUUAAUGUAUUUAACAUAUUAGUAUCAAACUACAAAUAAAGGAUUGUAAAAUUUUGUGAACUUUAAUUCCUUAGUUAAUACAUGAAUAUACUAUCACUAAAAAACAAUCUCAGGCAAUACUCUGCCCAUUACUCUUGCUCCUGUUCCAGAUAUUCUCCCAGGCUAUUUACCAGAAAUUUACAAAUAUAUGCUAUGGAGAGUCUGAUGCUAUAAUACCCAUUUUCCCCUUCUUUACUGAUGAGAUCCCUGAGUUCCAACUGGACAUGUAACUACCUCCUGGCCUUUCUUAUAGGUCAUCGUGGCCCCAUGCUUGAGCAAUGGGAUGUGGGUAGAACUUCCAGAUUGGGCCCUUAAAAAAGGAAUUGGGUGAACACUUCUUAUCAUUGCCCUUUCUUACCAACUGGAAUGUCAGUGGAGUUUAAGCAGUGACAUGGGAUCAACAGGAUGGAGAAGAUGACCUGCAGGUGUUAAACUGCUUUCCUUUUUUUACCUGUUACUUAAGAGUGAAAUAAAUUCCUGCCUUAUUUAAAUCAUUGUCCUUUGGAGACAUUACUAUAGAAGCUAGCUUUGUUUUAUAUCAUACAUAUAUGUGAUUUACAUAAAUGGGAUUAUGUCAUCUUUAUUACCUUGCAACUCUCUUUUCAUUUAACAUCAUAUGUAAGGCAUCUUCAUUCCUGUAAUUACAGCUCUGCCUUUAUGGAAUUGCUGUAUUAAGUUAAAUAGAUUUUUAAUUUUAAUGGAUGUAGUGAAAUUGUUCCCUUCAAUUCACACUCCGUAAGAGGAUCCAUUUCUCCAUACCCUUGCCAACAGCAGGUAGUAUCAACGUUGGAGAUGUUUCUUUGUUUUUAACCAAUUCUGUGGUUGAAAAUAACUUAUUUUAAUUUGAAUUUCCCUGAUUACUUAUAAAACCAUAUUCAUUGGCCAUUAUUAGAUCUUCUACUGUAUGUUGCCUGUUGAUGUCAUUAUUUAUCUGGUUUUACUAUUUAUAUUUUAGGGUCCCUCCCAAAACAAAAAGCCAGUUGCCCUCACUACUGCUGAAUACUGUUAUUCCUUUCUCCACCCAUUUGAAAUGCCAGGUUUUAUCACAUACUAAGGUGUUUAUUUCUGGAUAAUAGAUCUAAAUGCCCAUUCAACUAACUAACCACACUCUUUAUUCCAGUGUCAUUUAACUUUGCAGUAUGUUUUGCUUUAGGUAAGUUCUUCCUUUUUCCCUUCUUCAUUUCCUUCUUCAUUAUUCUUGAGCAUAUUCUGUUCCAGGUGAAUCUUAGAAUCUGUUUAUUGAGUUCCACUAAAUUUGUACAGCUCUUUUGAUUGGAAUAGCAUUAGUAUAUACA